ACUGCUGUCCUGGAGCUGCAGACACCGGACAGCUGGUUUUAACGGGCCUGGACUCAUGGUCGGGUUGAACCAAGGAUAACAGCAACCACUCAUCGACGACGCAACAUGCCAACGGGCUCCGUGAGACUGCAGAGCAUCAAGAAGCUGGGCCAGGAGAACCACAGCUAUGAAGGUUCAGAUGAAGAACCAGCGGGCUCCUACAUGUCCAUGACGAACUCCAAGGAGAAGGACAAAGUUCGGCGAGACUCCGAGCAGCCGGCGAUCAGAGUCGGCUUCUUUCAGCUGUUCCGGUUUGCCACCUGUAAGGACCUGUUGAUGAUGGCGGCCGGCAGCCUCUGCGCGGUCCUGCACGGCUCGGCCCAGCCCCUCAUGCUGCUGGUGUUCGGCCUGCUCACCGACACCUUCAUCGACUACGACAUGGAGCUGAACGAGCUGAGCGACGAGCGCAAGGAGUGCGUGAACAACACCAUCCGCUGGAAGAGGAACUCCACCGGAGCCCGGGACCUGGACCCAUCGGUGCUGGGCCUCCUGGACAACUCCACGCUGGAGACGCUCGCCCCGCUGGGCAACAGGUCGUGUGGGCUCCUGGACAUCGAACACGAGAUGACCCUGUUCGCCUUCUACUACGUCGGGAUUGGACUCUCUGUCUUCCUGCUGGGGUACCUUCAGAUCUCCAUGUGGGUGACGGCGGCGGCCCGGCAGGUCCAGCUCGUCAGGAAGAUGUACUUCAGCAAAGUGAUGCGGAUGGAGAUCGGCUGGUUCGACUGCACCUCCGUGGGAGAGCUCAACACCCGCAUGUCUGACGACAUCAACAAGAUCAACGACGCCAUGGCCGACCAGGUGGCCAUCUUUGUGCAGCGCUUCACCACCUUUGUGUGCGGCUUCUGCGUUGGCUUCGUUAAAGGCUGGAAGCUGACGCUGGUCAUCAUUGCCGCCAGUCCUCUGAUUGGAGUUGGAGCCGGACUCAUGGCUCUGUUCGUGGCAAAGCUAACGGGGAUGGAGCUGCAGGCCUACGCUAAGGCCGGCGCCGUGGCCGAUGAAGUCCUCUCCUCCAUCAGAACCGUCGCUGCCUUUGGGGGAGAGAAGAAGGAGGUGGACAGGUAUGACAAGAACCUGAACUGGGCUCAACGAUGGGGCAUCAGGAAGGGUCUGAUCAUGGGCUUCUUCACCGGGUACAUGUGGCUGAUCAUCUUCCUGUGCUACGCCCUGGCCUUCUGGUAUGGCUCCACUCUGGUCAUUGACACCGAGGAGUACACACCUGGAACGCUGCUGCAGGUGUUUUUCGGCGUUCUGGUGGCGGCCAUGAAUCUGGGGCAGGCCUCCCCAUGUCUGGAGGCUUUUGCAGCCGGCCGCGGAGCUGCUACCAUCAUAUUCGAGACCAUUGACAGGGAGCCGGAGAUCGACUGUUUGUCUGAGGCCGGGUACAAGCUGGACCGGGUCAAAGGAGACAUCGAGUUCCACAACGUGACCUUCUACUACCCAUCCAGACCAGAAGUUAAAAUUCUGGACCAGCUCAGUGUCGCAGUGAAGUCCGGAGAGACCACAGCCUUCGUGGGUCCGAGCGGAGCCGGGAAGAGUUCUGCCAUUCAGCUCAUCCAGCGCUUCUACGACCCUAAAGAGGGCAUGGUGACGCUGGAUGGUCAUGAUAUCAGAGGUCUGAACAUCCAAUGGCUGCGCUCCCUGAUUGGCAUAGUGGAGCAGGAACCCGUGCUGUUUGCCACCACCAUCGCAGAGAACAUCCGUUACGGCCGACCUGGGGUCUCCAUGGAUGAUAUCAUUAUGGCUGCGAAGGAGGCAAACGCUUACAACUUCAUCAUGGACCUUCCACAGAAAUUCAACACACUGGUGGGGGAGGGUGGGGGCCAGAUGAGCGGAGGGCAGAAGCAGCGUAUUGCCAUUGCUCGAGCGUUGGUCAGGAACCCUCGGAUAUUACUGCUGGACAUGGCCACCUCUGCCCUGGACAACGAGAGUGAAGCUAUUGUUCAAGAGGCCUUGGAUAAAGUACGCAUGGGUCGCACCACCAUCUCCAUCGCUCACCGGCUUUCAACCAUAAAGAACGCCGAUGUGAUUGUAGGCUUUGAGCAUGGCCGGGCUGUGGAGAGGGGCAAGCACCAUGAACUGUUGGAGAGGAAAGGCGUGUACUUCACUCUUGUCACCCUGCAGAGCCAGGGAGACAAGGCUCUGAACGAGAAAGCCCGUCAAAUGGCUGACGAUAAAGAAGAGGAGCCGGAGAGGCUAAAUCUUUCCAGAGCAGGCAGCUAUCGGGCCAGUUUGAGAGCCUCAAUCCGCCAGCGGUCACGUUCUCAGCUGUCCAAUCUAGUUCCAGAGUCCUCUGUUCCCAUCGCCGGAGAUCUGGGACCCAGAGUCUUCUCAGUGUCUCAAGACGAUAACUAUAAGAAAGCCACACCAGAGGAGGAAGACGAAGAACCUGUCGAACCAGCUCCGGUUGCCAGAAUUUUGAAGUACAACUUACCGGAGUGGCCCUACAUGCUGGUUGGGUCGGUUGGGGCUGCGAUCAACGGAGGCGUCAACCCUGUUUACGCCCUGCUAUUCAGUCAGAUCCUGGCAACCUUUGCUAUAGUAGAUCCCGUGACUCAGAGGAAAGAGAUUGAUGGGAUCUGUGUGUUCUUCGUCAUGGUUGGCGUCGUCUCUUUUUUCACUCAGAUGAUUCAGGGUUAUGCCUUCGCCAAAUCUGGAGAGCUGCUGACUCGCAGGUUACGGCGGAUAGGAUUUCAGGCCAUGCUAGGCCAGGAGAUCGGCUGGUUUGACGACCACAGGAACAGCCCCGGCGCUUUGACCACACGUCUGGCAACCGAUGCCUCGCAGGUCCAAGGGGCUACAGGUUCUCAGAUUGGCAUGAUCGUCAACUCAUUGACCAACAUCGGCGUGGCUGUUAUCAUGUCCUUCUACUUCAGCUGGAAGCUCACGCUGCUCAUCCUCUGUUUCCUGCCGUUCAUUGCUCUGUCAGGUGGCUUCCAGGCCAAGAUGCUCACGGGUUUUGCCAAGCAGGACAAACAGGCCAUGGAAGCUGCCGGCCAGGUUUCUGGCGAGGCCCUGAACAACAUUCGUACCAUUGCUGGUCUGGGGAAGGAGAGGAGCUUUGUGGACACCUACGAGGCCCACUUGGAUUCUCCGUAUCGAGCAGCCCUGAAGAAGGCGAAUGUGUACGGGGCUUGUUAUGGUUUUGCUCAGUGUGUGGUCUUCUUGACCAACGGUGCUUCCUUCAGGUUUGGAGGUUACUUGGUGGAACAGGAGGGGCUCCAUUUCAGCCUGGUGUUCAGGGUCAUCUCAGCCAUCGUCACCAGCGGCACAGCUCUCGGCAGAGCCUCAUCUUACACUCCAGAUUACGCCAAGGCCAAGAUAUCCGCAGCACGUUUCUUCCAGCUGCUCGACCGUGUGCCACCAAUCAGUGUCUACAGUGACAAAGGGCAAAAAUGGGACAACUUUCAGGGGAACAUCGAGUUCAUCGACUGUAAGUUCACCUACCCCACCCGACCAGACAUCCAGGUUCUGAACGGCCUGAACGUUUCUGUGAAGCCCGGCCAGACGUUGGCCUUCGUGGGCAGCAGCGGCUGUGGGAAGAGCACCAGCGUUCAGCUGCUGGAGCGCUUCUAUGACCCUGAUCAUGGCCGAGUGCUGAUCGAUGGCCAGGACUCGACUCGCGUCAACGUCCCCUACCUUCGCUCAAAGAUCGGCAUCGUGUCCCAGGAGCCCGUGUUGUUCGACUGCAGCAUCGCCGACAACAUCAAGUACGGUGACAACUGUCGGGAAAUCAGCAUGAACGAGGUCAUCUCCGCCGCCAAGAAGGCCCAGCUUCACGACUUCGUGAUGGCGCUCCCUGAGAAAUACGACACCAACGUCGGCUCCCAGGGUUCCCAGCUGUCCCGCGGUCAGAAGCAGCGCAUCGCCAUCGCCAGAGCCAUCAUCCGAGACCCCAAGAUCCUCCUCCUGGAUGAGGCCACCUCGGCCCUGGACACCGAGAGCGAGAAGACCGUGCAGGCGGCCCUGGACAAGGCCAGAGAGGGUCGCACGUGCAUCGUCAUCGCCCACCGCCUCUCCACCAUCCAGAACUCGGACAUCAUCGCCGUCAUGUCUCGCGGCUUCGUGAUCGAGAAGGGACCCCACGACCAGCUGAUGGCCCUGAAGGGCGCCUACUACAAGCUGGUCACUACAGGAGCGCCCAUCAGCUAGCAGCUGCCGCUGAGCCACCGUCACGCCGACGGAGAUCGAACGGACUGAAGACACGACAAACGCCACCUGGACACAGCUGAAGGGACAGAAGUGGAGCGUAUUUAUUUAUGGUUGUAGCUGAAACAGCUGGAGCUGCUCGGUCUUUACCAACGAUCAUUAAACGUCAGAGGAACGAGAACGUUUGUGAAAUGAUUCGACUGUUUCUAGACACAUUUUCAUGAAGAUUUUCAAAAUAAAGUGACGUUCGCUGUG